UGACCAACAUGGAUUUCAGCAAAUGCCUCUACAAUAUUGGGGAACAGCUGGACAGUGACGAACUGGCCUCCCUCAAAUUCCUGAGCUUGGACUACAUCCCACAGAAGAAGCAGGAGCCCAUCAAGGAUCCCUUGAUGUUAUUCCAGAGACUCCAGGAAAAGAGAAUGUUGGAGGAAAGCAACCUGUUCUUUUUGAAGGAGCUGCUUUUCCGAAUUAAUAGACUGGAUCUGCUGAUGACCUACCUGGACACCAGCAAGGAAGACAUGCAGCAGGAGCUUCAGAUACCAGGCAGAGCCCAGAUCUCUGCCUACAGGGUCAUGCUUUUUCAGAUUUCAGAAGAUGUAAGCAAAUUGGAAUUGAAAUCCUUUAAGUUUCUCUUGAGCCGGGAGAUCUCCAGAUGUAAAUUGGAUGAUGAUUUGAACUUGCUUGAUAUUUUCAUAGAGAUGGAGAAGAGGGUCAUUCUAGGGGAAAGAAAUUUGGACACCCUGAAAAGAAUCUGUGACCAAAUCAACAAAAGCCUGCUGAAGAAAAUCACAGAUUACGAAGAAUUAAACAGAGAGCAAACAAUGAACCUUCAAAGAAGUCUAGAUGAAAUUUCAAAUGAUAUGUCUCAGUUGCCUAUAAGGGAGGGAUCCGUGAAGAUAUUGCCAAUGUCGGACUCUCUAGGAGAACAGGACUAUGAAUCAGAGACAUCGGACAAAGUUUACCGAAUGAAAAGCAAACCUCGAGGAUAUUGUUUGAUCUUCAACAAUUAUGAUUUUAGUGUAGCACGGAGGGAAGUGCCCAAACUUCAGAGCAUUAAGGAUAGGAAUGGAACAGACUUGGAUGCAGAUGCGUUGAGUAAGACCUUUAGUGAGCUUCAUUUUGAGAUAGUGCAUUUCAAAGAUGCUACAGCAAAGAAAAUCUGUGAAGUUCUGCAAUCCUACCAAAGCAUGGACCACAGUAGCAAGGAUUGCUUCAUCUGCUGCAUCCUCUCCCAUGGAGACAAGGGCAUCAUCUAUGGCUCUGAUGGGCAGGAAGCCCCUAUCUAUGAGCUGACCUCUUACUUCACUGGUUCAAAGUGCCCUUCCCUUGCAGGCAAGCCCAAAAUCUUUUUUAUUCAGGCUUGUCAAGGGGAUAAAUACCAGAAAGGAAUAGCUGUUGAGACUGACUCUGAACAGAAGGAAGCCUAUUUAGAAAUGGACUCAUCAUAUCAGAAGAGAUAUAUCCCAGAGGAUGCUGACUUUCUGCUGGGGAUGGCCACUGUGAACAACUGUGUUUCCUACCGAAACCCCAUGGAGGGGACAUGGUAUAUACAAUCACUUUGCCAGAGCCUAAGAGAAAGAUGUCCUAGGGGUGAAGAUAUUCUCACCAUCCUUACCGAGGUGAACUUUGAAGUGAGCAAUAAAGAUGACAGGAAAAACAUGGGAAAACAAAUGCCACAACCAACUUUCACACUGAGAAAAAAACUCUUCUUCCCUCCUAAUUGAUG